UGUAAAGCAUAUUGGUCUAUCAAUACCAGCAACAUGAAGUUCUUGGCUCUAGCACUCUUGGCUCUGGCGGCGGUGGCCACCGCUAAAAACAUCUUUGUUGAGGAUGUCAUCGACCUGGAGGACAUCACCGCCUACGGAUACUUGGCUAAAGUCGGUAAACCUCUUGCCGAUAAAAUCCGUGUAGCUGAAGAGGAAGCUAGUGCAUCCAGAAUUGUUGGUGGUCAGGCCUCCAGCCUCGGACAGUUCCCCUACCAGGCUGGUCUUCUCGCUGACUUCAGCUUGGGUCAGGGUGUGUGCGGUGGUUCUUUGAUCAAGGCCAACAGUGUUCUCACUGCUGCUCACUGCUGGUUCGAUGGCCAGAACCAGGCCUGGAGAUUCACCGUUGUUCUUGGCUCCAUCCGUUUGUUCUCCGGUGGUACCAGAGUACUGUCCUCCAACGUUGUUAUGCACGGAAGCUGGACGCCCAAUCUGAUCCGUAAUGACGUUGCUGUCAUCAAGCUAUCCUCCAACGUUGCUCUCUCAGACACCAUUGCUGUCAUCGCUCUGCCCAGCGGUAGCCAGCUCAACGAAAACUUCGCCGGUGAAAACGCUGUCGCUUCUGGAUUCGGCCGCACCGUUGAUGGUGCUGGUAUCACUGUCAACCAGUUCCUGAGCCACGUCACCCUGCCCGUGAUCACCAACAUUGCAUGCAGAGCUUCCUUCCCCCUUAUCGUCCAGGACUCCAACAUCUGUACCAGCGGCGCUGGUGGCAGGAGCACAUGCCAGGGUGACUCCGGUGGCCCUCUGGUUGUAACCAGGAACAACAGCCCUCUCUUGAUCGGUGUCACCUCCUUCGGAUCUGCCCGCGGUUGCCAGGUCGGUUCCCCCGCUGCUUUCGCCAGGGUCACCUCCUUCAUGAGCUGGAUCAACGGUCAAUUGUAAACAAUCUGCAAUAAAACACGAAUAAUUACGCAUUACUGACAAGAAAAUGUUUGCAUAUUCUUAAUAAACUGCUAUUAUAACAAAA